AUGUCCCAACGAGACAUGUUUUCUUUUGCUUUCUGCAGUCGUCGUAUCCUUGCGGACCUGGAUGAUGGUUCUUUUCUACGACAUCCUAUUCCUCGGAGAUAUAAGGAAAGCCUAUCGGCUUUCUAUCUCUCGCAAUUUAUUCGUAUUUCUCCACGUCUGCCUGUCUGUCUAUCUGUCUGUCUGUCUGUCUGUCUCUCUCUCUCUCUCUCUCUCUCUCUCUCUCUAUCUAUCUAUCUAUCUAUCUAUCUCUUAUCGAUAUAUUUAUAUAUCUAUUUCAGACUAUUCUUUAUUCCUGUUUGCAUAUCUAUCUAUCUAUCUAUCUAUCUAUCUAUCUAUCUAUCUAUCUAUCUAUCUCAGUUUAUUCUUAUCUAUCUAUCUAUCUAUCUAUCUAUCUCUGUUUAUUCUUAUCUAUCUAUCUAUCUAUCUAUCUAUCUAUCUCUGUUUAUUCUUAUCUAUCUAUCUAUCUAUGUUUAUUCCUAUCUAUCUAUCUAUCUAUCUAUCUAUGUUUAUUCCUAUCUAUCUAUCUAUCUAUCUAUCUAUCUAUCUAUGUUUAUUCCUAUCUAUCUAUCUAUCUAUCUUUGUUUAUCCCUAUCUAUCUAUCUAUCUAUCUAUCUAUCUAUCUAUCUAUCUAUCUAUCUAUCUAUCUCUGUUUAUUCUUAUCUAUCUAUCUAUCUAUCUAUGUUUAUUCCUAUCUAUCUAUCUAUCUAUCUAUCUAUCUCUGUUUAUUCUUAUCUAUCUAUGUUUAUUCCUAUCUAUCUAUCUAUCUAUCUAUCUAUCUAUCUAUCUAUCUAUCUAUCUAUCUUAGGUAACCUUUUCAUUAUCUAUCUAUCUAUCUAUCUAUCCUGGCUCUUCUUCUAUAAAUCUCUCGUUGCUGAAUUACAUGGAUGUUAUCUUCAAGUGACAGGAUAA